UCUCUCUCUCUUUCUUACUCUUCCUCCCUUCUUUCUUGUUCUAGUAAUUCUUUCUUUCUCUUCCCGUGUUUGCCGUUCUUGGGCUACAUGGAUGACCUAUGGUUACAGUUUUCAUGGUCACUGUCUGUGUAAACAAUGACUUUUCUCUUCUGCAGUGUUCUCAAAGAUGAAAACUCUUGUGAAGUGACAUCGGACUUGUCUUGGUAAAUCAAUCAGACCCAGCGUACUUCAGGAGCUAUGGCUCAACAGGAAGAUGGAUGGCCUCUGGGUUUGCAACCAUUAAAUGUGAGAGUUGGGUUGGUUAGGAAUAGUAAUUACUCUGGAUCAAUUUCAUUCAACACUUUGAUCACUGGUUCUCCAAGUUCCUCUACGGAUUCUUCAUCAGAUUUGGAUACAGAGUCCACAGGAUCCUUCUUCCACGACAAGAGCAUGACACUUGGAAGCCUCAUUGGUGUGUCCAGCAUUCUAGAGCUCUCAGGAAGAUCAGGUGGAGGAAGAAGAACAGAAGCCUUGAGAAGCAGGAAGAGUUACAAGUCCAAAACUUGGUUCUUCUCUCUAUGCUCGAGAGGUGAAGAUAGUCCUGAUGGACUGAACAACCCUCCUCCAUCCCUGGGCCAUUUUCUUGAAGCAGAGAGAAGAGCAGCUAACGAUUACAGGAGAAAUCAGAGUCCAACUAUUUAUGAAGCCGACGAGUAUGGCCGAGCAAGGAAUGGGUCUGAACCAAAUCCACUAUUCGUUGAUGGCCGCAUAGCACCUCCUCAGUCAACAAACUCAUGGUUUGAUUCAGAAGUUGGUGGGUCAUCCCACAACCACAAGAGCUUGGACCAUGGAAAUGGGUUCCCUGUUCCAGUACUGUUUUCAUGUGUGUGUGGACAACCCUAAGCAAUUGAAGCAUCAUUUACACAUCAGUCGCCAGAACCCCCUUUUUUCUUAUAUGGAGUUAUGCUUCUGUCUCACUAUUGGAAUUUUAGAAUAGGAUUCCUUUGUUCUCUUUGUUUUGCAGUUUGGAAUAUGAUUUCACGUUCUACAAUCUCAAUAAAAUUUCAAUUCCUUCCA